CAUUCGUUUCAUAUCGAAUCUCUUUCUACAAUCGUUAACGCUUCGGCGUAAGCGAUUAUAGAAAACGAUAAGUAGCUAGCCAUAUUGACACGAGUGAUUCGAUCGCUCAUUCUACAAUGAACUUAGAAAAAACCUACACUUCAGUCUAUGGUGAGCGAUCUUUAAAACGUCAAACCAACGUCAAAGUCGCAGUUGUGUACUUUGAGCGCGGGAUCAACUCUUGUUUUGAAUUGAAGUUUGAAGAAUAUUUAUUUGAAGUGUUAAAAAAUAAGUAAAUUAAAUAGGGUGGGUAUACAUUCUCCUUGUAAUUGGUUUAUAACAAUAUCACAGUGCCGAAUGUAAAUUUAAACAUUACUUGUGACUCGAAAUUUUAUUUUAUUAUCCUGCUUAAGUAUGACCGAUACCUUAAAUGAUGUGAUAACUUUUAUAGAAUGAAAUAUAAAUCUCGAGCAAGCCCAGAACAGUUUGCAACUUUACUGGAAUUUAUGGAAAGUUAUGGCGAUAUAACGAGACCCCAGCAAGGGCCACAAGGCCGAAUUAAAGCUGACCGACUGUGGCAGCAAUUAGAAGAGUUAUUAAACUCCAUAGGUGGAGGAGUAGUAAAACCAAGGGACAAGUGGAAAAAAGCUCAACCAUCACUGAGAAACACUCAACCAUCCCCGACCAGAGAUUCUAAUUGUACGGUCUGUCCACCCCAAAUUUCUACCACAGCCACGGAUGAAAUUAUGUUGGAUUUUAUUCCUUCAUGCUCUAUACAAGCAACAACAUCAGCCUUUACUGCUACCUCAUCACAACAACAUCCACCACCAGUGCUAACGCCGCCGCCCGGCACUACGUCCUCGCCGGUGCCGUCAGCGACGACGCCUGCCGCUUCCACGUCACGGGGUGCUCCUCAACGGCAGCGACAUCAGGCAAAUCUGUCGCCUUCAGCGUCGUUUUUUUUUUAA